AUGUCCAUUUACUCUUCACCCCCCAAUGGGGCAAGCGAGAAAGGGGUCGAGUCUGUCAAGCCAGAGCCUACCUUGGAGAGAUUCGAGACGCUUAACCAUGGGCCUCGAUUCACUGCACCAAGACCGCUUCCUACAGCAGCGACCUCACUUCCGAUCGGAGCUUUCUCUACAACCUUGACGACGCUUUCCCUGAGUCUAAUGGAGUGGCGAGGAGUGACAACAACUAACGUCUAUAUCGCAAACUUUUUCUUUCUAGCUGCCUUUGGCCUAGUAAUAUCUGCGCAGUGGGAGCUUACGGGAGGAAACGGCUUUGGUUACAGUGUCUUCAGUGCUUUCGGUUACGGUGCCAUAUUAACUCCCUCUUUUGGGGUUUCAGCAGCAUAUGGCGAUGAUACCCAGCAGUUGAACAAUGCUCUCGGACUUUUCAUGAUCAUUUGGAGUGUCUUCGUUCUCGCCUACCUAGUCGCCACCAUACCGACAAAUAUCGUUUACAUCCUGAUCUUCAUCUUCGUUGAGUUAUGCUUCGUACUGGUUGCUGCUAGCUACUUUGCUGCUGCCGAUGGUCAUGAUAGCGCAUCGGUUGGACUGAAGAAGAGUGGUGGCGUUUUCGCGUUCCUCGCUGGGCUUGUUGGAUGGUAUCUGACUUUCCACCUCUUGCUAAAGGACUCUUUGGUAGAGUUACCAUUGGGUGAUACUUCUCAGUAUUUCCCCAAGACUCGGAAGAAGACCGAGUAG